AUGAGCGGAGCUGGCGGCUUUUAUAAGUACCGAUGCAAGUACUUCUAUACACACAACUGUCCCAACUGGGUUUGGGUAAACAAUGCGCCUUGCGCAUCAUGUCUUGCCGAUGGACGCGAGAACGAAGGAUCUGCCCUACCAACUUGGGGGCAUCCACGAGACAUUGUCGUGCCACAAGUGCUGAACGGAAUUCUGCAAUACACUCUCAUGGAGCUUGUAGCUCCUUCAGAACCCGGCGACGACUGGACACUUAGAGACAAGGCCAGCCGGCCUCCACCGUCAAUUCCCGUAACAAGCGCCAUGCCUGGCAUACCGGGGAUCUUAGCACAGCACCGGUUUUGA